GAGAGAGAGAGAGAGAGCGAGACGGGGGGGGGGCGGGCUCUCCCUGACGGAAGGUAACAAGGGAGAGACACGAAGAGCGCGCGAGAAGAUUCGACGUUCGGCAUGUCGUCUUAAUUAACCGAGAGCCCCCGCCGCGCGCUACGACUAGCCAGAGUUCAAUUUCCUUAAAUACACUCGUUACGGGGAUAGCUCGACCAAAGCGCGUCGGGCUCAAGGUCGACGGCGGCGUAAAUUAAAGACCAUCGACAUCGAUAGCCCUCGCUUAAGUGGUUUCAACCAGCGGCACUUUGCGCCGCCGAAGGAUCGUGGAAGGUGGCUGACGUGUCUUCGAUUACCAAUCGGCUCCUAGAUCUCUCGAGCACCGCCGAGGAAGUCGAUAAGGGCGCUCUACACGCUGGAGGGGAUCUUCCAAUCCUUGAGGGUAGAUAGAAAAGCGACAGGGGGGAGAAACCUCUGAGAGCCUGUCCCUGAUCAAACUAUCGAGGCAAAUCCCCGAAGCGAGAGACGACGCCUCCGAAGUCAUCCUCGUCGGAACCGAAAUUCGCGGCGACGGGACGAGACGAGACGAGACGAGGCGAGAAACGCGAGAGAGAGUCGCGCAGCUCAUAAGUGAUUGAGAAUAGUCUCGGGCGGGCGGCCGGCCGGCCGGCGAGAGGUCGCAGUCGACUGAGGCACUCUCAAUCGACGAAGGCGCGAUUUCACGAAGAUCGACGAGGGCGAAUGCUGGCGAAGAAUCAAGCCACAACGAACGAACGUUCGUUUCCGGCAAGCUACGGCGACGGUGAUAGACGGCGCGCUCUCGCGGAGCGAUACGUUUCGGAAGAUUAAUUCCGAAAGUGGCCGAGGCUAUUUCGAGCCGCGCUAGGAGGAACUCUGAGCGCGAAUCGAUCAACGCGCAUCGCCGGCGACCUUUGCUCUCAAAGAGCGCCCCGGCCGCAUUAAUAAGAACGGCUGACUCCGCGCCGCGGUGGAGACUUUAAGUGGCAGAACGAGUGGCGGCCGGGCAAAGGAGGAGACGGUAUUCCGAGAGCACAAGGUAGAACAAGAACUCGCGGAAGAGGCGCAAGCGGAAUAAGAAGCGCGGAGAUAGCAGCUGUGUCGGACGGGGGUCUACGGCGAUGAGACCGGAAGGUUAAUCUGCAAGGUUGGAUACAGACAGAGAGAGAGAGAGAGAGAGAACAGAGAGGCUGAAGUAGCUAUCGCGACGGCGGAAAAAGUAGACCUUCGACCCGGCUGGAUGUGAGAAAUUGGGGGUGGGCUCGAGGAUGUGUGAAGACGAAUGUGACCAAGAUAAGAGUCGGCUCAAGUGGAAGGAGAACGUUGAUCCUUGAACUCUGUUAUCCCGGCGCGAGGAGGAGAAGGAGGAGGAGGAGGAGGAGGAGGAGGACGGUAGAGGCCCGCGCUUGUGUGCUCGUGCGUUGUACCACGUGUGCGCGAGGUGCUACAAGAAUCUCGAGAGGUACGCGGUGGCCCGACCGGCCGAGAAACAACGCCGUUUCCCGGCGUUUUGCCCUCUCACUAGCCUAGUAAGAAGCACUCGCCCCGGAGUUAAGAUCCCGAGUACGAUCCCGUGCCGACGAGAGUCUCUCCCCGAAAGGGCUCCUGGGCGAGUCUCUCGAGGAGAGUCGUGUGCGCGCGCGAAUCGAUUCGUCACAAUUCGCGGACGUCCCGACGGACGUUCGCCGCACGUCCUCCGUGGGGAGGGGCGAGGGGGGAGAGGAGCGCUUGACUAUCGCGGGGUUAUCGGCGAUCGAGGAUGCUCGCGGUGAGCGGCGAUUCCUCCGGCGCUAAUUAACCGGAGACGACGCGAUCGAGAACGAAGGAUCCGCGAUCCUGUUGCACAUUCGACCGUCCUACAUUCCAAUUGGAGGAAGUGCUGCGGGUGGUGAGAGCCGGUGGGUGGAACGGUGAUGGCAUGAGGACAUUAGUGGGGACGCGCUGCGGGUCCAGCGAGGAGGAGGAUGAGGAUGGUGGUGGGCGUGAUGGUCCUUGGUCAGCUACUGACGAGGAUCCUGCUCGCGGCCCACGCAGGAGAUCGCCUCGCAGCAGCUCGCAGAAUUCUCAAAGACGUGCCGUUGAUAGAUGGGCACAACGACCUACCCUGGAAUAUACGGAAGUUUCUGAAGAACCAGCUGAGGGAGUUCAGGUUUGAUGACCUAAGGGACACCCCUCCUUGGGCACUAAGCCCCUGGAGCCACACAGAUCUCAGGAGAUUGAAGGAGGGCAUGGUUGCAGCGCAGUUCUGGUCCGCGUAUGUACCCUGCUCGUCGCAGCAUCUCGACUCGGUGCAGCUGGCGCUGGAACAGAUAGACCUCAUUCGUCGAUUGGUCAACAAGCAUCCCGAGAGCAUGGUCCUCGUCACCACGGCGGAAGGUAUCGAGAAGGCGCACAAGGAGGGUAGAUUAGCGAGCCUGAUAGGGGUCGAGGGCGGCCAUGCCGUUGGGACGAGUCUGGCGGUGCUGAGGAUGCUGUACGAGCUGGGCGCCAGGUAUCUCACCCUCACGCACACGUGCAACACGCCUUGGGCAGACUGCAGCACGGCGGAUGAACCCGGUCAAGUGCCUCAAAUCGGUGGUCUCUCGAAUUUCGGCAAGAGUGUCGUGCUGGAGAUGAAUCGACUUGGGAUGAUGGUGGACCUCUCUCACGUCUCGGUGCCCACGAUGCUGGACGCCAUGACGACGUCGAGGGCGCCGGUGAUUUUCAGUCACAGCAGCGCUCACGCUCUCUGCAAUUCCUCGCGAAAUGUGCCUGACCACGCGCUGCGGCAUUUGGCGCAGACCGGUGGUAUAGUUAUGGUAUCCUUCUAUCCCCAUUUUAUCAGCUGUGGCGAAACAUCGACGCUCGAGGAUGUGGCAGCGCACAUCAAUCACGUGCGGAAGAUCGCCGGGGUGGAUCACGUCGGCAUCGGAGCUGGAUACGACGGGAUCAAUUUGACACCAACGGGCCUGGAGGACGUCAGCAAGUACCCGGAGCUCUUCGCGGAAUUGCUAGCGCGUGGCUGGUCGGAGAGAGACAUUCAGAAGCUGGCUGGUCUGAAUCUUAUACGGGUGUUCAAGGCGGUGGAGCAGACCCGCGACAACAUGGCCGCGGAGGGCAUGGAGCCCCUGGAGGAGGAGAUCCCGCAUGAGGACAUAAUCGGUCGUGAUUACUGCCGUUACAACAUCAAGCGCCUGAUGGCGCCUUAAGCCGCCGGAAUCCUCUCUUUCUUGGCGAGGAACGAACGGGGGAAACGCCGCGGAACGCAAACACGACGAUGGCGAUCGAAGCGGAAACAGAGAGAACGAAGCGAUCGAGAGGAAGGAAUAAGAUCACUGCCCUAGCGGGAGUAAAACUCACCCUUUACAACUUUACCCCAAGUUCGCGACCGCUCGCAUCUCCCAGGGACGGCUCUCGGUGUGUCCGCUCCCGCACGCUCACAUACAAAAACGAACAUACACACGUACACGCGCAAAUACACACACUCUGUUCCUACACCGUUCCCUCUUUCUCACAUACAUACACACACUCUCUCUCUCUCUCUCUUUCUUUCUCUCUCUCUC